AUGCGCAUUGAAGAGGGAUUCCACCCAACACCAUUCACAGAGGAUAAUGCAUAUACCGCGGAUCCCGUUCUCCCAAGCUUAUUAAAGCGUGUGUUGCCCAGAAGUGUGUUCAAAGAGGUUGUGCCGGACCUAGAGCGCUGUGGUCAUGAGGUCGUAACCUCCCUGCGGACGCUGAGCGACAGCGGCAAGGUCUUCCCCCCUAAACUGCUCCAGUACGAUCAGUGGGGACGCCGUAUCGAUGACCUACAAACUAGUGAAGGCUGGCGCGAGCUCAAAGCCAUCUCUCAGCGAGAAGGGAUCCCAGGCAUUUUUUACGAGCGCAAAUUUGGAGAACACAGUCGUGUGUACGGAUUUGCUAAGAUGAUGGUUAUGGUCGGCGAUUCUAACGAAAUUUUCUGUCCGAUGAGUAUGACGGAUGGUACUGCAAGAGUGAUCGAACUUCUUGGUUCACCAGAAAUGAAACGAGAUAUCCUUCCCCGUCUCAUAAGCCGUGAUCCCGCACACGCGUUUACUUCCGGGCAAUGGAUGACUGAACGUCCAGGAGGCUCAGAUAUCUCGCUCACAGAGACAAAGGCUAUUUCUACAGGACAGGCAUCCAUUUACGGUCCCAAAUACACUCUAGACGGUGUUAAAUGGUUCUCGAGUGCCACCGACAGCGAAGUUUCAGUCGCUCUGGCUAGAACGGGUUCGCAGCAAGACGGCUCAAGGGGACUGUCCCUGUUCCUCGUCCCCCUCCGACUGCCUCUGCUUCGAACCCCAUCUGACCCUGUACCAUCUCCCAUCAGCAACAACAUCCUUGUCCACCGCCUCAAGAAUAAAGUCGGCACACACAUCUUACCCACCGCAGAACUCUCACUGGAAUCCACAGAAGGAUACCUCAUAGGCGAAUUGGGAAAAGGUGUCAAGAACAUUUCGCCAGUGCUCAAUAUCACGCGUCUGUGGUCUGCAACCGCGUCGAUAGGAAACCUCCGCAAAUGUCUCGCUAUCGCCACUUCCUACGCGAAAGUACGCGCCAUUCACAGCGGGACGGUGUUGUUGAUAGAUACCCCUAUCCACGUCGAACAAUUGGCCUCUGUCAACAUCCUGUAUCGUGCGUUGACGCACUUGACGUUUGGCGUUGUGGGCUUGUUGGGGAAAGUGGAAAGUGGGGGUGCGACGCCGGACGAGGAGCGCAGAUUGCGGAUGUUGACGCCGGUGGCGAAGGCGUAUGCUGCGGAGAAGGCGUGUGCGGGUAUGGAGGAAGCUAUGGCUGCUAUGGGAGGUGCUGGCUAUAUGGAAGAGAAUGGGAUUGGGCGAUCGAUCAGGGAUGCUUUGGUGGAGAAGAUCUGGGAAGGAACUAUUGUUGUGUUGGCGCUUGACCUCGUUCGAGUCGCACAAGAUAAAGCUUGCAUGCAGGCCUUCGUCACUUGGUCGAACGGUAUCUUCAAGUCGUGUCCUUCAGAUUUUGCAAAACAAAUUUCUUCAGAAAUGAGAAUUCUCCAAGAAGCCAUUCACGAAUUUGCACCAUCUUACAAUAAGCCUAUGAAACCUCUCGUCCCGCGACCUGCCAUCAUGCUUGCUGGGGCGAUAACCUCCAGCAUAUAUCUCUUGGAACAUGCGAUCUGGUCGUAUAAGAAUUCGGAGCCUUCAAGUACCCUGGACAUGGAAGUGUUCAAAAGAUGGGUAGUCGAUAGCGGUUUAGAAGCGAAUGUCCAGUCGCUCAAGAGAUCCAAAGCGGACACUGGAGAAAGGGUGAAGAUCAAUUCGUCGUUGGUGUUCGGUGUCGGUGCACAGAAGGAACAGGCGAAACUGUAA